AUGUCAAAAGUUUUUCAAGAACUUGAUUGUGAAGAGACUGACGGUGUAGAAGAUAUAGAAACACCUUUUGAUACUUUUCUACGUCCAAAAUACAAAAAGAGCCUUGCAUAUAGAAUAUUUAAACAUAAGAUUCCAGUUUUACUUGAUCAAAUAAUAGACUCAUUGAAUCAAAAUAAAGACGAAAUUUUAAAAGCUCAUAGUGUGGAAGUCAUUGAUGAUAUCAAGCAGGUUGUUGAAGGUAUCAAAAACUUGAAAACUGAAUUGAUAGCAAAUAAACCCCUUGUUCCACUAAAACCAAUCAAUCAUAGAAAAUAUGAUGAUGCAAAACUUUGGAAUACUCAAUUGGAAAAUUUGUCAAAAGUUCAGAAUGAAAAACUAACUUGGUUCAACGCUAUUUUCUUUAUUAGUGAAAGUUACUUGUACAGAAGACUAGCACAGGAAUUUUUUCUAACAAAACAUUUAAAAAACUAUGAUCCAUUUUCACUACUAAAGCAUGAGAUGUACUUUGAAGCACUACAAAAUAUCAGUCUGUUGUGUGAGCAUAUGAUGCUACUACUUAGUAAAAACUGUGAUGUCGCAGAUCUAGAGUGCGACUUUAUUAAUUUACUCAGACUGAAUCUAUGGGGCAAUAGGAGUGACUUAUAUCUGUUGGCCAGAGGUUUAACUUCUCAUGGUAGUGCAAAAGACUUAUUGGAGUCAUUGAAUAAAAAUAUUUUAAUCGAUGACAGUAAAAGAGUUUGGAAACUCAUUCUUCAGAAAUUUAAAUGUGAAAACAAAUCAAUAGUGAUCGACGUUGUUUUAGAUAAUUCUGGCUAUGAAUUAUUUACAGACAUUUGCUUGGCAGCAUUUUUUGUUAAGAGGAAAUUGGCCAGUAAAAUAAGAUUUUACGUUAAAUGUUAUCCGUGGUUCAUUAGUGAUGUUUUGACAAACGAUUUUCAUUGGCUCAUUGAUACUAUGACCAAGUCAGACGACAAAAAUAUUCAAUCAUUUGGUACAUUUUGCAAUGGGUGUCUGGAAAAUGGCUCGUGGGCCAUAGAGGUAAAUUUUUGCAAGCUCAAGAUUUUUAUUCGCUCCUUAAAAACAAAAAAUUUUCCAUUGCAGGAAGAAUCUUUCUGGACUGAGCCGUUUGAUUAUGCAGAUAUGAAAAGCAUAAGGCCAUCACUUUACAAUAAAUUAUCUGUAUCUAUUUUAGUUAUAAUCAAAGGUGAUCUCAACUAUUCUAAACUCAUGGGUGAUAUUAAUUGGAAAUACGUGACAAAUUUCAAACAAGCUCUUAGAGGAUUUCAACCUACUAAUUUGGUUUGUUUACGGACAAUAAAGAGUGACAUAUGCGUCGGUUUGCCUGCAGGAAAAGUAGAGGAAUUAAAAAUGGAUGAUUCCAAAUGGAUGUAUAAAGGCCAGUUUGGACUUAUACAGGCUUUCACUGAUUAUAAUGGUGAAAAUGAAAAGUAUUAA